GCUGGUUAUUUGUUUUCGGAAAGUCUCGACGAACGGAUCAGGAGGUUCGAGUCUAUCAGAGGAGAAGGAGGUUCGUCGUCGUUUGUUGGAACCGUGCCCAGUGACUUGGUGAAAAAUUAUUUCUGGAGCAGCAGCAGAAGCAGGCAAAAGUGAUUCAAGGCCCAUCCCGAGGUCAACCCAGACCAUGAAGAACACGUUAUUACCGAUUCUCGCCGUGGGACUCGUGUCCCUGGCAGCGGCCCAGUACGGGCCAGCCCCACCUCGGAUCAACAUCCCUGGGGCCAUUCCGCUGCCCGUAGACAACCGACCGGCACCGAUUCCGCGGGCCCAGCCCAUCCCGGAGCGGUUCUUCUCGACCGAAAAGGAACUGUCCUCGAACGCGCAACGCUUUAACCUGGCGGCCCCGGAACAACCACAGCAACGACCGGCGCCGGUUCCCGCGCCCAAACAGUACCGGCCCGCGCCCCAGCAGGUCGUCCAGCAGCGGCCAGCUCCGGCUCGUAUCCAGCAGCAGCACUACGACGAGGACCGUCCGACGAGCCAGCGCCAGCAGGCCGAGGACGACCGACGCAAGAAGCCAGUGGCGCAGAUUCUGCGAAAGUGGCGCGAAGAGCACGAAGAUGGCAGCAUCACGUGGGGCUUCGAGAACGACGACGGUUCCUUCAAGGAGGAAACCAUCGGCAUUGACUGCGUCACACGCGGAAGCUACGGCUACGUCGACCCGGACGGCGAGAAGCGCGAGUACACCUACGAAACCGGCAUCCUGUGCGACCCGAACAAGCGCGACGAGGAGGAAGAGGAAGAGGAGGAUGAGCUGCAGCUGAAGAACAAGGUGAAGCGGCCAAAUCAGCAGCAGCAGGGCCAGCAACAGCAGCAGCAGCAGUACUAUAGAAACUAGGAUGGAGAUUGAUUUCUUCUCCUAGUGGCGCAUCUUUGUCAUUAGGAUUGUAUUUAUUUUUUUUUACAUUUUACGAGUUAAGAUUUCCGAAUGAAGCAAGCGAGAACUUGUGUGGACAGAGGAGACUCACGAAGAAUUGGUAAUAAAAAUUACGAGGAUUUCUUUUGUACUGAAUAAAACGUGGCGGAAGCCAUCCAAAUAUUA